AUGAAAAAAUUGAAUAUCCACUUUGAAACCCUUCAAGGUGGCAUUUGUGUGUCCUCAAAAACAGUUGAUUUUAACUCCGAGAAUGAUGAAAUUCCAGUCAACACAGAAAGUCGUGAAGUUUUCUGUGUUGGAAAUUUGAAUGAAAAUGUUGUCAAAAUUCAAUUCACUUUAAUGUCAAACGUCGACAAAUUUACUCUUCGAGUGUCGCCCGAGUUGAUUUCACUCAAGAAAGGCUUUGCAUGCGAAUUUUCGAUGUAUUUGACGCCGUUGUGUACUUUUGUUGGUGUCACUGAAAAAUCGACGCGAAUUGAUUACGACGAGUUAAAAGAAGAUAAGAAACUUGGGGAAGGCUCUUUUGGAGUUGUUUACAAAGGAACUUUCAGAGGAAAUGUUGUUGCAAUCAAAAAGAUGAAGAAUUUUUCAAAUGAUGACAAUUCGAUGGAGGAAUUUAUAAAUGAAGUAGACAUGUUGAACAAAUUUCGCAGUGAUUUUAUUGUCCACUUCUAUGGCGCGGUGUUCAUUUUAAGUAAAGUAUGUUUAGUCACUGAAUUUGCACAAUUUGGGAGUUUAAAGGAUUUGAUGCAACAUAAAAAAAGCGAAGAAGUUGAGACGAAAAUUCGAAUUAAAAUGUUAGUAGACUCUUCAAAAGGAAUAGCAUAUUUACAUGAGAAUGGGAUCUUACACAGAGAUAUCAAGCCAGUAAUAUCUUAG